AUGAGACCCCAGAAAAGAAAUCAGCAGGUUCAUGCAGGGUCAGGGAUCUUGAGGCAUCAAGAGUUAAAGACAAAAAGUGCUUCCUCUAAAAGAGGAUCUGAAAAUGUGGACCCCAAUGCCUCUCCUGAAACUGGAAAAGGAGUCAAUAAACUCAAAGGUGUCAGCAGGCUUCCAGUCCUUGCCAAAUCUCUGCAACCAGCUCUAAGUGAGCUCUCCCAAAAUCCCAGUCACAACAAAUGGGAACAGAGGGCUCUUACAAGUAAAGCUCAGAAAAAAAGGAUCAGCACCAAACCUUUUCCUUUCAAUUUGUCCCAGUCACGCACACACAAUCAGAGAAACAAAGCCAUUCCUCUUGGAAAAGCUGCCCUGGUGACUUCUACCCGACUGAAACCAGGGGCAAAACUUCAAAGAGUUGUGAAGAAGAGUCAUGGCGUUGAUGUCAUCGCAGGAAGUGCCUUCUCUCCUGAUCCAUCAGUGCUCCGUGGUAUUUUACAGAUAAGUGGAACAACACCUCAUGCACCAACCGGCCUUACUGGCAGAGCAACUUCUGUUUACUCUGCUCAAAGAGUACCAGUUAGGAAACUUCAAACAGAUGAUUCACCAGCUGUCAAAGUUCCUGCAGGAAGUGGUGUGUCCUUCUCCCCUGACCCUGUGGCCCUGCGCAGUAUUCUACUGAAUGAAGGUGUGAGGGCUGGUGGAGCAACACCCAGAGUUUCCACCUGUCCCACUCGCAGAGGAACUUCCAUUUAUUCUGCCCAGAGAGUCCCAGUGAAGAAGAAUAAGCCUGAAGUUGUUGUAGCAGCAACAUCAUCUGGGAGUGCAAAUAGAACACCAGUGAUGAAAUGGACACCACAGCGGAUCGCAAACCCCAAACCACAGUCAGUGACUGAAGUGCAGUCAACAAUUAAAGAAAAUUUGAAUUCAAAUCAUUGUCACACUAAGAACGAAGGCAAGAAAACAGCUCAGCCUUUCAUACAAGCAGCACACAGAGGGUCAGUCAUUGUUUUCUCAUCAAGCCAAAGACUUGGAAAAGACUGGUCUCAGGAUACUCUGAAGACUCAUGGGACCGGUGACCCUCUGCAGCUCUUUGAAGGCCAGCUUACAUCCCAUAAUGCAUUACCACUACAAUCAGACCAAAGCAAUGGAUCACAGAUCAAUCCCAGCUUAGACCUGCCUAAACAAAGCCAAUCAAAAGCUCCUACUGUAAUGCAGUCUACCGCUGUGUCUGCUCUGCGGCGGCGUCAUACUCCUCUGGAGGAGAUGUUUCUGGAUGAGGAAUGUGCUACUUAUACUUCUCGCCUGCUGUCCUGCCCACUGCAGCCCCGCUAUGGUAACCCGGUGGCUGCCACACUUCUGUUUCAAGACUCUAAAUGUUUUUUACCCAUUGGCCUGUCCUCUCCUGUACUUCUGAGUCUUGUCCCUUCAGAUUUCUCUAUCAGAGCAUAAAGGUAGAUGUCCCAAAAUACCCUGCACGUGUCAGUCUAUGUAAGACUGUCUGAAACAGUAUUUCUAGUUGCAAUUUUGAUACAGAGAUGUAUCUGGCUACAGAUUCCACAAGCAGCAAAGUCUUGGAUAGACACAGUAUUUGGUGGUAUUCAGUGUUGACAAUGUAACUGAAUGCAUCUUUUUUACACUGAACUUAUCACUGACUGGAAACACUGUGU